UUUAACACCAUCACACGUGAUUAAAAAAACCGACCAAAACCCUACCACCUAGCUAUAUAAAGCCAUGUCGUCGCCUCGAUCUGCAUCACACAUCGAUUGUGCAUUUGCCAGUUUAGUCAACUAACCCAACCAUGAAAUUCUUAGUUUGCCUCGUCGCCGCCUUGGCCGUCGUCUCCGCCGCCGAGGAGAAGAAAGAGAAGCGCGGCCUCCUGGGGCUGGGAUAUGGCGGUUUCGGCUACGGGGGCGGCAUCGGCUACGCCGACCACGGCCUGGCCUACUCUGCCCCCCUGAGCUUGGGACACUCUCUCCCCGUGGCCCACUACUCCGCCCCCAUCGUCGCCAAGUCGGUGGUUGCCGCCCCCGUGGUCACCAAGUCCAUUGUCUCCACCCCGGUCAUUGCCAAGACCUACGCCGCCCCCAUCGUCACUAAAGCCAUCGCCGCUCCCGUUAUCUCGCACGCCGCCCCCAUCGUCUCUGCCCCCAUUGUCGCCAAGUCCUACGCCGCCCCUCUUGCCCUCGGACACGGUCUGAGCUACGGAGGAUUGGGAUACAGCGGGUUGGGAUACAGCGGAGUUGGACUUGGACAUGGGUUGGGAUACAGCAGCUUGGGAUACAGCGGAUUGGGUCUUGGACACGGGCUUGCCUACAGCGGAGGUCAUUUGGGAUACGGAUACGGAGGAUACCUCCACUAAUUAUUUUUUAAUAAUUUAAAAAGUAUUUGUAUUGUACAUAUUGUAUAAUCGAUGACAGAUUAAAUUAAUUUUUAUAUUA